CCAGGCCCUCGGGUCCCCGCCCGCGCGGGGGAGCGGCCGUGUCCUCGGAGCCGCCCCUCCUGCGGGAACAAACGGGACAUUCACGUUGGCCCGGCUGCCAGGGCGGCUCCUGGGGCAGCGCGGCGCACGGCGGCCACCUGGGCGCGCGGGGACACGGGGACAGCGCCGCGGAGCCCAUGCCGGCCUGAGCCCCGAGCAGCGGGGACCCCGAUCGUCGGCGCGGCCAUGAGGGGCGCCCCGCUCUGCCUGCUGCUGGCCGCCGCCGUCCAGCUCGCCUGGCCGCAGCCCCCCGAGAGACCUCUCUUCACUUGUGGCGGUUUUCUCACUGGAGAGUCUGGACUGAUUGGCAGCGAAGGUUUUCCUGGAGUGUACCCUCCAAAUAGCAAAUGCACGUGGAAAAUCACAGUGCCACCAGGGGAAGUCGUGGUCCUCAACUUCCGGUUCAUAGACCUGGAGAGUGACAACCUGUGCCGCUAUGACUUCGUGGACGUGUACAACGGCCACGCCAACGGCCAGCGCAUCGGGCGCUUCUGCGGCACGUUCCGGCCGGGUGCCCUGGUGUCCAGCGGCAACAAGAUGAUGGUGCAGAUGACUUCCGACGCCAACACGGCUGGAAAUGGCUUCAUGGCCACGUUCUCUGCUGACGAGCCCAACGAAAUAGGAGGUCAGUAUUGUGGAGGACGCCUGGAAAAACCUUCUGGCUCUUUCAAAACCCCCAACUGGCCAGACCGGGACUAUCCUGCGGGCGUCACUUGCGUUUGGCACAUCAAAGCCCCAAAGAACAAGCUUAUAGAACUGAAGUUUGAGAAGUUUGACGUGGAACGUGAUAACUACUGCCGUUAUGAUUACGUGGCUGUGUUCAACGGUGGGGAAGUCAAUGACGCCAAGAGGAUUGGGAAGUUCUGUGGGGACAGUCCACCCGAGCCAAUCAUAUCAGAGGAAAAUGAGCUUCUCAUUCAGUUUUUAUCAGACUUAAGUUUAACCGCAGAUGGAUUCAUUGGUCAUUAUAAAUUCAGGCCCAAAAAGCUGCCCCCGACUCCAUCACCACCUGCUACCGCCACACCCCCUGUGACAACAGGAUUAAAACCCACUGUGGCCCUGUGUCAACAAAAGUGUAGCCGGACGGGGACUCUGGAGAGCAAUUAUUGUUCAAGCGAUUUCGUGUUAACUGGUACUGUGAUCACAGCUGCCCCUCGGGGCGGGAGUUUGCAUGCCACAGUCUCCAUCAUCAGCGUCUAUAAAGAGGGAACACUGGCAAUUCAGCAGGCGGGCAAGAACAUGAGUGCCAAGGUCAUUGUGGUCUGCAAGCAGUGCCCGCCCCUCAGAAGAGGUCUAAAUUACAUUAUCAUGGGCCAAGUGGGUGAAGAUGGGCGAGGCAAAAUCAUGCCCACCAGCUUUGUCAUGCUGUUCAAGACCAACAGUCAGAAGGUUCUGAACGCCUUACAAGACAAGCAAUGUUAACACCAAUUGUCUGUGCAAA